UUGUAGAGAAACAAGAGCGAGCACGGUGGGAGAAGAGUUUGCAUUGCCUUGAAGUGUGGGGAAACAGUAUGUCUCUUAGGGAUCCGUCAUACAACCCUCCUUCUGUGUCGGAGCUGCAGGAGUUCCUGCUGGCAGACAGACGACCUACCGGACAUGUCAAUCAAGUCUGGCCUAACCUUUUCAUAGGCAAUGAGGUGGCAGCUCGUGACAAGGGUACUCUCCACAGUCUGGGCAUAACUCACAUUGUAAACGCUGCUCAUAGACCCCCCAGCCCUGAUGCAGGACCCUGUUUCUAUGUCAACACUGGUCCACGUUUCUACAGAGACAUGAAGGUGGAUUAUUAUGGGGUGGAUGCUGAUGAUGCAGUAGACUUCAUCCUUAGUCCUUUCUUUUACCCAACAGCACGGUACAUCAGAGCUGCAUUGGCCGUGGGAGGACGGGUGUUUGUCCACUGUCUGAUGGGUGUGAGUCGCUCUGCAACACUGGUGCUGGCCUUCCUGAUGAUUGUUGAGGGCCUGAGGCUGCAGGAGGCGGUGGCUGCCGUCAGGCCACACAGAGACAUCUGUCCCAACCCUGGCUUCCUGCAGCAGCUCCGCAGCCUCGACAUGGGCCUGGAGAGGGAGAGGAGGAGGCGACGACAGGCCCAAACAUUAGGUCACUCAGCCCAGGAGGAGGAAACACCAUCUCUGACAGAGCUGAGGCAAAUUAUCUGGACCAACAGGAAGCCAGUAGCACCUGUAAAUCAAGUCUGGCCCAACCUGUACAUCGGAGAUGUGUCUGUGGCACAAGAUAGAACCACACUCUCAUCUCUGGGUGUAACUCACAUACUGAAUGCAGCAGCAGGUCGACACCGGAUCAACACAGGUCAGCAGUUCUACAGUGACCUUGAAGUGGAAUACCAUGGUGUUGAAGCUGCAGAUCAUCCGGAGUUUAACCUCCGACCUUUCUUCAACCCUGCUGCACAGUUCAUAGACAGUUCUCUGAAGCAAAAUGGGAAGGUGCUUGUGCACUGUGCAAUGGGUGUCAGUCGCUCUGGAGCGCUGGUUCUUGCAUAUCUGAUGAUCUGCCAUGGCCUGUCAUUAGUGGAGGCCAUCAUUGCUGUGCGUCUGAACCGGGACAUUGGACCCAACUCUGGAUUUCUGGAGCAGCUGAGGCAGCUGGAGCUGAGCCUCCACCCACAGAGCGGACACACCACUAAGCAGGACCACAGUGACACAUCAUGACGGAGCAUGCCCUUUCAGGCACCUGUUUGAUUUAAACGCACAUUUUCUGUUAUAACAAUUAAAUCAGACAAAUAGAAAUGUCAUGUUACAAGAAAA